UACACACAUUCAUUAGAUCCUGUUGGUGUGGGUUUCUUCUUUUUCAAUGAUGCACACCAAAGUGAGAGUGGUAAUAACCCUCAUAGUCUGGACAUUAUUAAUAACGACAAUGUUUAGACUGCUGACCAUGGCUUUAAUGGCUUUAUAAUGACCUGUGGAUGCCCUAUUUGUCAAUUACUUUGCAAACUAGUUGCUAAGAUGGUUCAUCAAGAGCAUAGAUUUUAAUUGGUUUGUAUUUUAAAUCAAGUUUUCUAUUUUAGUCACAUUCAGCCCUAAUUUAAAGUGUUUUUGGGCGGUUACUUUGUAUCAGCUUUAUGGUCAGAGGCCCUAUAAUGGUCUUACUGCUGGCGAUUAGAACUUUUGACAUUUUGCUAAAUGUUGCUUUGUUAAUGCAUUCUCAGGGUUGAGCAGUGUCCUCUUUAACGCAUUAAAAUCUGCCAGAGAAUUUGGAAAGCAUGCAUGUUCACUUUGAGCAUAAAGUACUUUAGCAGUUUUAAUUUCUUGUCCAAAAUGUUAAUGACACAAACAAAGUGAAAAACAAUGCAGAUAUUUAUAUUAGAUCAUGCUCUUUACCUGCUAAACUAAAUGCAACAACAGCAUUAAAACAUUACAUUGUCAAUGGAGAAGAGUAGAUCAAAAAUGACACUUGUUUGUCUCGGUAUUAAAGGUUUCACUGUCAUUUCCAUUGUUUUUUUUCUGUAGAGAUUUUUAUUGUUCUCUUGUUUUUAGUCUCUGCUCUCUGUUGGAAACACUGUUCCAAAUCUUUCUCUUAGAGAUUACAGGAUCCUGUCAGGUUGCCUACCAGCUUGACAUCUAAGUAGAUUCAAAGAAAACUUCCAAUAUGCUGUACUUAUUGGACUUAAUGGGACAAGUAGGUCCAUCCCUUCAGAACACUUCUCUUUUCAGAGCACACACACACUAAAGCUGCAAGUUUUUAUAGUCCUGAAAAUAGUUAGCCAACUCUGAGGUUUCUCUGUGCUUGCUUUUGGGAUGUGUCCUCCAUUUUAAAAUGCAAAAGCUUGAUGAUGAAUAUUGGCUGCUUUUGUAAAACGAAAGGUUCGAUCUUGUUUUGAAGUGGAUGGAAGGCCCAGAGGAGCGUCUACAGACGUUAGAUCUUUAGGAGUCAGAGAUUUUCUCCGCUCCCGGUGCAGCAUAUCUGGGGCAGACGUACAGCUUCACUCUGCUGCAUCAACAUGUAUUUUUGAGUAGAAAAAGCAGUGUCAAAUUGAUGAGAUGAGAACUCGUUUAAGAUACACACCCAGAUUGUAUACGUCUGUGGGCACAUUUGCAUCGUGAAGGAGUUACAGAGAGAACAAUGGAGGCCACCUGUAAUGUUUCUUUCUCUCUAUCUCCCUUUCUGUCUGUCUUUUUCUUUGUUUCAUUUUAUCUUGAUAUCCUUCUUUAUUCACUGCCUUGUUCCCUGUAUGAUCCUGCAGUGCUUCCCUCCCUCUGACCCUGUCUUCUUCCUCUUCUUUACGAACACUUCUCUCUCUCCCUGAGCGCCGAAAGGAGUAACCUAGCGAGCUUUUGCUGCAGGAUGUUAUAAAUGAAAAUUUAGCCAAAGUUCCAUCAGCUUUGUCAACAGGGCAUGAUGAUGUGUGUUCCACGUUCUGUCCGUUCAAAGAACAUUUUCUCUCUUUUUCUCAGGAUCCUGCAACGAAGGCGUUGUAAGUUACUCUUUCUGGGCAUCGCAGGUUCCUGCAGCACCGACGUCAAGGAAAACCGUAACCUGGACAACGUCUCCUCCAAGGAGGGGACAGGAAUGCCUGAGCAGCUCCCCAAUGGCGGCGGAGGAGGGGGGCGUAAGCGCCCCCUGGAGGAGGGCAAUAAUGGUCAUGCGCACCCCAAAUUCAGGCCCAAGAAGCGUAAGAAAACCCCGGGGCCCGUCCUCCCCAAGAACGCCUUGAUGCAGCUGAACGAGAUCAAGCCGGGCCUGCAGUACAAGCUUCUCUCCCAGACCGGCCCAGUGCAUGCCCCAGUCUUCGUCAUGACCGUGGAGGUGAAUGGGCAGCUCUUUGAGGGCUCAGGCCCCACCAAGAAGAAAGCCAAGCUUAAUGCAGCUGAGAAGGCUCUGCGCUCCUUCGUCCAGUUCCCAAAUGCCUCCGAAGCCCAUCUGGCCAUGGGCCGCACACUGACUGUCAACACGGACUUCACCUCAGACCAGGCCGACUUCCCAGACAUGCUUUUCAACGGUUUUGAGACACCUGCCCCACCCGAGGACCCCUUCUACCUGGGCUCCAAUGGCAACGGUUCCUUAAACCCAUUGGGGGAGUAUCCGGUGCCCCCAGCAGCUGGCACUAACAGCCUGGCGCAAGCUCCACUGCCCCCUCCCUCCACCUUCAGCUCCUCCUCAAGUGGAAAAAACCCCGUGAUGAUCCUCAAUGAGUUGCGGCCGGGCCUCAAGUAUGAAUUUGUGUCUGAGAGUGGCGAGAGUCAUGCCAAGAACUUUGUCAUGUCCGUGACUGUGGACUCACAGACUUUUGAGGGUUCAGGCAGGAACAAGAAGCUGGCCAAGGCGCGAGCUGCUCAGGCAGCUUUGUCUGCCCUCUUCAACAUGCAGCUGGACCAAACACCAUCCCGCCAGCCCAUUCCCAGGGAGGGCCUGCAGCUGCAUCUGCCCCAGGUGCUAGCCGACGCUGUCUCUCGUCUCGUGGUGGACAAGUUCAGCGAGCUCACAGACAACUUCACGUCCCCUCAUGCUCGGCGGAAAGUUCUGGCUGGGGUUGUCAUGACAACAGGCACUGAUGUGAAGGAGGCCCAGGUUAUCUGUGUCUCCACGGGAACCAAGUGCAUCAAUGGAGAGUACAUGAGUGACCGUGGCCUGGCGCUUAAUGACUGCCAUGCUGAGAUCAUCGCCCGCCGUUCACUUAUCCGAUACCUGUACAUGCAGCUGGAGUUCUUCCUGAAUAACAACAAAGAGGAACAUCAGAAGUCUAUUUUUACACGGUGUGAGAAGCAUGGAUACAGACUGAAAGACAACGUUCAGUUUCACCUGUACAUCAGCACAUCGCCAUGUGGAGAUGCUCGCAUAUUCUCUCCUCAUGAGGCAGGCGUUGAGGACCAGGGAGACAGACACCCAAACAGAAAAGCCCGAGGUCAGCUGAGGACUAAGAUCGAGUCUGGAGAAGGAACCAUCCCAGUGCGCUCCAGCAACACCAUUCAGACGUGGGAUGGAGUUCUGCAGGGAGAAAGACUCCUCACCAUGUCCUGCAGUGACAAGAUCGCCAGGUGGAAUGUAGUGGGGAUCCAGGGUUCACUGAUGAGUUACUUCACUGAGCCAAUCUACUUCUCCAGCAUCAUACUGGGCAGUCUGUACCACGCUGAUCAUCUCUCUCGGGCCAUGUACCAGCGAAUCGCAGACAUCGAGGACCUGCCCCAGCAGUUCACCCUCAACCGGCCCCUGCUCAGUGGAAUCAGCAAUGCAGAGGCACGGCAACCAGGGAAGGCUCCUAACUUCAGUGUGAACUGGACUGUGGGAGACCAGGGCCUGGAGGUCAUUAAUGCCACCACAGGCAAAGACGACAUGGGCCGGCCUUCACGUCUGUGCAAGCAUGCCCUCUACAGCCGUUGGGUUCGACUGCACUCGAAGCUGUCGCCUACCUUGCGGAUCAAAGUGUCCAAACCCAGCUCAUACCAUGAAGCCAAACAGGCAGCGGUGGAGUACCACACUGCCAAGCAGACGCUCAUCAAGGCCUUCCAGAAAGCAGGCUUGGGUGCCUGGGUGAAAAAGCCUAUAGAACAGGACCAGUUCUCACUCAACUCCUGAAGGGGGCGCAAGAGGGACAGAGUAGAGAUCUGAAAGACAUGACUACAACCAGCCGUUGAUACUUCACUUGAUGUGUGUGUGUGUGUGUGUGUGUGUGUGUGUGUGUGUGUGUGUGUGUGUGUGUGUGUGUGUGUGUGUACGCUUGUGUGCGUGUGUGUGUGUCUGUGUGUGUUUGACUGCGUUUAUUCCCAGGCAAACCACAGCCCUUUAGUCCCACUCUGCUCUCAUCACUUAUGAUUCCUUAAGUGUGUGAUGACAUGAAUUUGCCUUUUAAUUUGUAAUGUAUGUAGGACUAGUCUGUCUUUUUAAACAAAUGUUUGUUUUGGAAUUAAUGGCAUUAGCUCACAGUACAUAGUAGAAAAUACUGUCAUUUAUAACUGGAAAACAAUGUCCUUUUGAGGUCAUGUUUUGUGUUGUGUUUGUCAUUUUAUUGCCCUGAAGCUUUAUGUUUUAAGAUGAAAAGGAUGAGGAUUAAGAGUACACGAUCAAGGUCAGAGGCCUCAGACUGACCACUGAGAUGAUACUAGCUAGAGCGUCGCUCCUAAUCAGAACACCUGUGCUCAAGAGAAGACCACCAUUGAUAUAAAGAUUUUGCUUUAUUGUCCCGUAUAAAGUGUAGAGUACUCUAUCCCCUAUAGAGUAUAGAGUAUAGAGUACAAUACCUUUUUAAAUUUUUCAAAUGUAGGUAGUUUUCCUAUGUUACCUUCCCUGUGUAUUUUGUCAAGACAUUUUUACUAUAGUUUUAGUAAACAGUAUUGUUCUUUAAUGUCAAAUACAUUUUGCAUCUUAUUAAUUUGACCUCAGAUGGAAACAUGCAUUUGGUCCCUUAAAAGCUUGCUAUCCUUUUAAAGACGCUUGAAGGAAGCGUUCAGUGAAGCAUUUGUUUCGAAAUAUGAAAUGAUCUCGUUCUUGUUCCUGUGCAUCGCUGAUGCAGCCGAAGUGCAUUGUUUUCAUUAAACAAUGUGUCGUGGUGCUUUCAGUUCCAAUAAUGUCUCCAGUGCAUGUUUGUAUUGUGUGCUGUAGUGCACAUCACUCUGAAAAAGUUGCCCCUCUUUUUUUACUGGGCAAAAUGUAGAAGACUUAAGAAGCUGCCUUCUUUUGACCAUUUUAGAAGAGUCACCUCUGCAUUUAGGUACUUUUACUAAAUGAUGUAUGGACUUUUUUAAGCUGCAUGGAGAACACGUUCAUGUAGGGAGCUAGGUUUUAUAGCGUCUCCCUUUUAGCUAUUGCAAUGUCUGUUACCCUUAAGUUAACAUUCACAGCCAUCAUUGCGAACCAGAUGAUUAUUGUAUGCUCCUCCCUGAUUGGGAACAACUAUGUUUCUCAGUGGUGCACGUUUCUUGUUUAAAGCCAUCUCUCUGCAUGGAAUGAGUGGAUGGUUUGCAGGGGCCACUUGGAACCCCCUCACCCCCUAUAUCCUCAUGGGUUGCUGAGAUUUCAAUGCCAGUUUUUUGGGCACAAAUUGCUUGAUAUUGUUGAAUUCUGCUGUAUCCAUGGGAUUGAAGUCUAGAGCUACAUUUUAAAAGACUUUUUUCAGCUCAUUUUAAGCUUGAGCUCUUUUUUGAUUGACAGCCUGCAAAAUGCAGCAUGUUUGACUCAUAAGGAUGUUGAAGUUGUAUUAAUUGGGGGCAUGUUUUCUAUACUGUUGUUUUCUUUCUUUCUUUAGUGGGCACUGAGUAUAUCAGCCCCUCAAAAAAACAUUGUCACAUUGACGCUUGUCACAGUGUACGCUGAAUGAGAAGUCCAUCUGAGGCAUAGGCUGCUUGAUAAAGUAGUGGAUUUAUAAAGUAGCAGCUUCAAUUGAUGAAAGCAAACAGGAAACAAUGUUGCAACUGUGCAAAAGUGAGAAACCGCUCAUCAUUUAUUUCCAGUCAAAACUGCCAAUAAGUGCAAGUUGUUUAUUUUUUAGGAGAUAUUUCUGAGAACAUUAGAUAUAAGGCACUCUAUUUGCCUAAGUAGGUGAAAAGUCAAAAGAAAAAGUGAAAAGACAUGAGUUUCAAAACUCGAGUUAAAAGAAUUAGACCCCUCACAACCAAGCAAGACCUGGUAGACCAACAAAACUGUCACCGUCAGAUAUACAGCACUUAAAAACUAGAGCCCCACUUAUUCUUCAGAUCUGAAUCUUUCUGUCUAUCAGAGAAAAGGAACUAGACAGAUGAAAAUUGGCAAAUUAAACAAAGAAGCUACUGGUGUUCUCAAAACAAUGACUGGCCGCCAAGUCCAGACCUCAACAUCGCUGAAUGUGCAACUUCUAAGUCGCAACUUUGGAGGAGUGGAAAAACAUCCCAGCAGAUUUCGUUGAAACUAAAAAGCAAGUCUUUCAAAAAAAAAAAACAAGCUAUAAUGAAGAGAUGAUUUUUUUUAAUAUUACAUUUAGUUUUUCAGCCUUCUGUGUAUCUUUCAGUUAAAUAUGCUUUCUGCUCUUUUUUUAUUUCCAAAAUAAAAAAUUAAUAACUUUUACUUAACUACCAUUUUGCCUGGAAAUUAAAUGAAGGAUGGUCUCUGGUGUUGCACACUAUUGUACAGUAACUCAAACUUGGAUCACUUUGCAGUGCUGAUUCUUUCUUGCAGGAUGCAGAUUUGUGUUUGAUGGGUCUGUUGUACCUCUGAAUCAAAUGUUUCAUGCAGCCCCUCUUUGACUUACCACUACUGGACUUAUUCAGUUCUCUCUCUCACACAACAGAAUAGAGACGGUUUUUAAUUUAAUUUCGGUGAGCCCAUCCGGAUGAGUCUGUGUAUGCGUGCGUGUGUGUAUGAGUGUGUGUGUGUGUGUGUGUGUGUGUGUGUGUGUGUGUGUGUGUGCGCGCACCUGCUGCUGAGCCCAAUCGGCACUCUGUCGAGAUGUCAUGGCAACGGGACUUGGAGAUUGCUGUUGAAUCUUCACCAAAGAUGAUGUCAUUUUUUGGCUAUUUUCUUUCAAGGUGAACAAUAUGGAGACUUUAUUUUUUUUGGAAAAAAAAAAAAAAAGAAAAACGCAAGUUAUUAGUGCAAAGAUUGUUGAGCAUAAUACAGUUUGUCAUCAUUGUUUUUGUAUAUUCAUUUACUAAUAUAUUUUUAAUUAGUACAAAUGAAUAUGUUUGUGUUUUGCAGUGAGAUCGAAACAGCUCCAUUCUCUGUUUUUCUGUACCUGUUCAUUUACAACUGUAAAUAUUGUGAGCCUCUCGGUUGUUGCCAUGGACACCCAACAUAUAUUACUGGUAUUUUUGAAAAUGUACUUUCCUCAUUACACACAAUUCCACAAUUGCUGGAAAAGAAAAAAAAAUACAAAACAGAAAUACAUGUUCCCAUAAUAUAGGUUUCUUUAAUUCAGACAGUUUGUAGUGAUUUUUAGUUGUUUUUUUUUUUUGUGUGUGUGUGUUUGUUUUGUUUAGUUUUUUGGUCUCAGCCCCUGGCUUUACCCCAUCAGAGUGGUUCUCCUGACCCUAUACAUGACACAUUGAUCUAGAUAGGGGGAGAAAGAGUCCUUGUCGAGCUUUGACUUCAGUGUAUAUUGUGCUGUGCCAGCCUGUGCUGAUUAAUGAAGGCCGGCUGUGUUAGUGGGACCAGACCAGCACCUUUCUGGUGGCCGUUCACUUGGCUCACCGUUUCUUAAAUGGAAAUCCGUCCUGAACUUGAACACAGUGUAGAAAAUAAAUAAAAAUGCUUACAAAAUACCUUAUUAACAAUUCUCAGUGUAGUUUAUUAGCAAUAUUUCAAAACCCUUUAGUUUGGAUUGGAGCCUGCAGAGAGAGCAGGGUUUAGAGGAUUAGCGGGGUGAUACGGGGUGAUUUUUUUUUUUUUUUUUUCUUCUUCCUAUUGAGACACCAGUCAUCUUUUCCCUUCUGUGUGUGUCCGACUGUCAAAGCUGUACUUCUGAUGCCUGCUUCUGCUGUUCUUUACCAACUGCCCAAGAUGUCAAUGAAUGAUGUCAUGAAUACAACUCCCAGUCCCAACCAAGAUGGACCUUUUUAUUUUUUAUUAUUAUUCUGGAACUGGACCAUGUCUCAGUCAAAGUCCAAACUUCUGACCUGUGACCUCCUGCUCUGGUCCUGGCCAGCCCUUUUCUGAGUGUGUUGUGAUUCGGUGACUAUACAGUGGGGCAUGGUGGUGCUGGAGCCAGGUGCGGUCCACUCAGCUCUGCUCCGCCCUGCCCUGCCCCCCCCUCCUGCGUGUCCUCUGUAAUAUCCAUACACAGGCCACCUGCAUGAGCUCCUCCACUGAAGCUGCACCCAGCAUGAUGACUAUAAACGGACUUGUAUGUAGAAAAAUAAAACAUAGAUCUAUAUAUAAAUGAGCAAAAAAAUAAACAAGAUCUUAGUUUA